AUGAGCGACGAUGAUCUCCCCGACUACCUGAAGACCUUGCCACCGUUCAAGUACCUCACAGAUCCGCAUGACUGGGGUCGGUCUCAGGCUGUUACGGGGCUCCCAAGUGCUGGAGAUUUUGUCGUCUGCUCCAUCGACCCUGAGGCCUCGGUGGCGCAUCUAGACGAGGAGGCUCGUCUUGCUGCCCGCAAGCUGCCCACCCGACGCUAUGUAGCGUUCAUCAUGCAGUCAAUUGGGGUAUGCUUUGGCCAUGAGCCUAUCAAUGCCUUUAGAUUCACGUUCGUGCGGCAAGGCGUUCCUCCCGCCACGCAAGCAGGCCAGCCCGUCUUCCAGGAUCACUGUAUCCCCAUAUUGCCAAACACGUUUCAUCCGACCGGUCGCAAACCUCUCUGUCCUGCGCAUCCGCUACCUUGGAGAGACUGCUACAUUGAUUCCUCUCUUGACUUCAAUCUCCUUGAUGUUCGUGUCACAGCCACACCUCGCGAUUACACUGUAGUUCUGCCGUGCGACGAAGACCAGAUGGAUUACAUGGUCGACAGAAUGGGUGAUGAUCUCCAUGAGCAUUUUGCCAGGGUUGAUGGUUGGCAGCGCGGCGACGUCGGAGCUGUUGCUGCUCUCGCUUUGCCACCAUCGCCACGCUCUGCUUUCAAGGUCCCCUUACCUCCUUCUCCCAUACAUGCGUCUGUCGACCUGCCGGACGGCUACACCAACCCACGUCAUGUUGCCUUUGUACCCAUACAGUCGUCAUGUGCAGCGGAAGACGAUGUCUCCAUCAUCGCCAGUGAUGACGGGGGGUCCACAGAUGAAGCCGGUCGCCCUACACACCCAGACGACUUCGACAGGGAUCUCAUGCUCCUGAUGGAGGAUAUGUUCGACACAUCUGGCGAUGUCAAUGAUCCCGUCGUGAACGUCUGGUACGAUCUCGACAUGGUACGAGAAAUCCCGGAUCCUCGGCUCUUCCUCGAGGAGCGGGCCAAAAUCAGAGAGAUUAUUGCGGAUGCGGAGACGCGCCUUGGUAUAAGACAGGCGCGCGAGGAAGCCGCUGCAAGACCUCAAGCCUUCAAUCCCUUCCGCCGUGACGAGCCAUAUCCCGUUGUUGCCGAGGACAAGAACACGGUUCGGCCGCCAGCCAUUGUGUCCGCGAAGUCUUCAAUCACGUCGGGAUCUGGGUUCGGCAGCAAAUCAACACUCAUCACUCGCUGGGCUGCAAAGUCCCGGGAUCUCCUUCGUAAAGGACCGCUAUCUCUGCAUCCUUUCGUCUGCUAUACUGUUAAGGCGCAUGAUCCAUUGGAUUGA